AAUAAUUCUCUUUAAAUAUAUGACUCCUUUGUCUUCUGUGACAGAAACAAACCUCACAUUCACACUUAAACUAUGAAGCCGUGUCCAAAACUCAGUAACUCCUGUGUUGUGGGGGUUAUCUACACAGUUUUGUUAUUGGGAUUACAAGGAGUGAGGGUUGUUGAAUGCAGAGUGGCCAAUGGAUUGGACUGUUUUGAGUACCCUGCUAUCAGCUGCAGAAAACACAGUGCAGUUUUGACUGAUUUUGGUGGUGUUGGUGAUGGAAAAACAUCUAACACAAAGGCCUUUCAAUAUGCAAUUAGCAAUCUCAGCCAUUAUGCAUCUGAUGGUGGAGCUCUCCUUGUUGUGCCACCAGGGAAAUGGUUAACAGGAAGUUUCAAUCUCACCAGCCAUUUCACACUUUUUCUCCAAAAGGAAGCUACCAUUCUUGGAUCUCAGGAUGAAUCAGAGUGGCCCACACUUCCUGUGCUACCAUCAUAUGGCAGAGGAAGGGAUGCUCCUGAUGGAAGGCUUAGUAGUCUCAUUUUUGGAACUAACCUCACUGAUGUAAUAAUCACUGGUUACAAUGGGACAAUUGAUGGACAAGGGUGUUAUUGGUGGGACAAGUUCCACAAGGGUGAAUUGAAACUCACCAGGCCUUACAUGAUUGAGAUUAUGUUCUCUGAUCACAUCCAGAUAUCUAAUCUCACUUUGAUCAAUUCUCCAUCUUGGUUUGUCCAUCCAAUUUACACAAGUGACAUUAUAAUUCAAGGGCUGACCAUUCUUGCUCCAGUUGACUCUCCAAACACUGAUGGAAUAGAUCCAGAUUCUUGUUCCAACAUUAGGAUUGAAGAUUGCUACAUAGUCUCCGGUGAUGAUUGUGUAGCAAUAAAAAGUGGUUGGGAUGAGUAUGGAAUCAAAUUUGGAAUGCCAAGCCAACACAUAAUCAUUAGAAGGCUUGAAUGUGUAUCCCCAGAUAGUGCUAUGAUUGCUUUAGGCAGUGAAAUGUCUGGUGGAAUCCAAGAUGUUAGAGCUGAAGACCUCACAGCCAUCAACACUCAAUCAGCAGUUAGAAUCAAAACUGCAGUUGGCAGAGGAGCAUAUGUGAGAGACAUAUUUAUCAAAGGAAUGAACUUAAACACCAUGAAGUAUGUGUUUUGGAUGACAGGUUCUUAUAGCUCACACCCUGACAAUGGCUUUGAUCCAAAAGCACUUCCCAACAUUACUGGAAUAAACUAUAGAGAUGUCAUUGCAGAGAAUGUCACAUAUUCAGCAAGACUUGAAGGAAUUGCUAAUGAUCCUUUUACAGGAAUCUGUAUUUCUAAUGUGACUAUCCAUAGUGGAUAAAAGAAAUUGCAAUGGAAUUGCACUGACAUUGAGGGGGUUACAAGCAAUGUCUAUCCUAAGCCUUGUGAGUUGCUGCCUUUGAAGCAAGAGAAAAUUGAGUGUCCUUAUCCAGAUGACAAAGUUUCCAUUGAAAGUGUGCAGCUGAAGACUUGUUCCUUUAAAAGUGUCUCAUUCUUCUGAGAGAAUGAGUGUAUACGAAAUGAAAUCAAAUCGAAACUAUAUAAUAAAUGGUCUGUUUUUCUUAAUACCAAAAUGAUUUUAGUAUUCAAUAAUAGGUAUCAAAGCAUGUUUUCAUUAGCCCACAUUGAA